AUGCGAUCAUUGCAUGAUCAAGAGUUUGCAGGAUUUCUUAUGCGCAUUGGUGAUGGUGUUGAACCUACCAAACUAGAUGACAUGGUGAGGUUGCCUUCACAGAUUGCAGUCUCAUGGGAAGGUGAACAUUCCACACAAGUGCUUAUACAACAUAUUUUUCCUGAUUUAGAAUUGAAUGGUUGGGAUGCCCUUUAUAUGGUAAAAAGAGCUAUUUUGACCCUAACAAACGAUGAUGUCCAAAAAUUGAAUGAUAUAAUUAUUGACCAGUUUCCAUGA